CUUAAACUCAGGUGUGUGAGUCUCACGUUUAAUCACUUUGUGUUGCUCUUACAUAUCAAGUCCUCAACCAGGUCCAAUAUGGCGGCGAAAGCUGUGAACACACCUCCGUCAGCUCACCCAAUCAGAGUGCAUGGAAACACUCGGGCUAACAGUGGUGGGCCAUCCUCUGAUCAGCAUGAUCCAGGACUAUACACCCCCUGCCAAGACCACGGAGCUCCACCCCACCACCCCCAACACCACCUCCCUGGCCGGCCUGUCUUCUACGUCCAUGCUCCACCCCCACCCCCUUUCCACCCCUGCCAGUGGCCCAUGCCCUUCUCCUAUAACCCCUUUGCUGGCUUUCCAGGAAUGGGCUAUGGUAUGGUGAUGCCCUCGUUUCCUCCUCCCAAUCCCUAUAUGGAGGUUCCAGCAUACAUCAUGCCCCGCCCUGACAUGCAACCGGUCGACUACAGACGUUUCAUCCACCCCCAGGCCCCUAGCGUAGCGUAUCAGAACCCAUACCAGCCCUGUAGAGUCCGCCCACAUCAUACUGACCCAGUGAGAGAAACCGUGAACUCGGAGGUCCAAACAGACCCCCAACAGAGAGGAGGAGGUUUCAGUGAGGAAAGCCCACUCAUCAGCGCAGAUUCGGGUAGUGGAACCGCAAUAAACUCUCCUUCGCCCUCAAGCUCCCAAAAACAAAACUCUGCUGAAGUUGAGAACGACGCGUUACACAGCAGUAAUGCAGAAGACCUCCCGGUUAAAGGGACCAGUAACAAACAUGGCUUUAACAUCCUCCGACCUACAGGAACGACAGUCAUCCAGUCAUGUAUCCGAGCAACCCUGGACACUCAGAAGAGCCGAAAAGAGAGUGUGGGUCAGGAGAAUGUUCCCCCAUGCAGGAACGCUCACUGCAACAUGUGGUCUGUUGGCUCUCAAGAUGGUAUGGUUCCUGUGUGUAACUCCUCCCAACAAGAGGAGGAGGUUGUCAAAGAGAGAAGGAUCUUCGUUCCUGACAUCCUCAUGAGUUGGGAAGGUGGUACGCCUCAGGAAACGAUGCUGAAGAUAGCAGAUAAGCUGCUUCAGAAUGACCUCCAAACUGAAGUAGAGCAGGAUAAGUCUGUUCACCAGAGUGGAGUCGAGACCAGAAUCAGUCCAGAGGCGGCUUAUCCUAAAGAUGAUGCGCAGGGUAACUUAAUCUCUGAGCACAGUGAAGUCCUUUUCAAGAUCCUCAAACUGAGAGAAGCUGAAGAAGGACGAUACGCAGAGUCCAGGAACAAUGAAGAGUCUUUGGGACUUGUUGGCUCCGUAAGGCAUUGUCUUCCAUACGCAGAUGAACGCCUAGAAUCCUCAUCCCAUAAGCUCCCUGACAAUGAGCAAGAAUAUAGCAUCGAGACAAAUUCGCUUGAAGACACAGCACCAAUCAUUCCCUGUAUAAAUAAUAGCUCCUACCUGAAGAGAACCUGGAACGAGUCCAUUUGGUCCGUGGAGUCUCUGGCCCCCUUCAUCCCCACCAAGGAGUGGUUGGAGCACAACGGCCUGUUAGCAGCCGAUGUGAUCGAGGAGGAAGCCGAGAACGACAACCCCAUUGUCAAAUCUAGAGAAAAUUGUUCCUCGUCGGACAGCUGGCUCCUGUUCUGCAGCCCCGCCGAAAAGACAAGCCCACAAAAGAAGCCGGAAAGGGAGAGCGACAUGGAGGCCUCUGACAUAAGAAGUCCAACUCAAGCCCAGGGCGGGGCUCCUUCAGAAAAGAAUCGCUCGGCUUCGCCAAAUGAACUGCAGAGUACAAUUAUUGUAUCUUCCCCCACUAAAGAGGACAAAAAUAGGUCUUCUGAACCUGAGGCUAAUCGAAGCCCAAACCAGGACAUUUUAAAUGCGCAGCAGAAGAAAAGGACCGGCCCUCCUCAGCAGGAAGAGAGUCUGAACUUGAACUCUAUUGGGAAGACGUGCGCAAGAAAGCUGAAUCUACUAAAUGGAGCGGGCAUCGAGGUGGAAGAUGGAGCACGUGGGAACGAAGAAGUUAGUCGGCUUGGAAAAGAGCAGCUGGGCGUCCCGAUGGCUGAUCAGAAGACGGCAGAAGUGUCUCCAUCGAAGGUGGACUUUGGAGUCCAGUGUAAUGAGUUCCAGGAGUACAAGUGUACCUGUGAGGAGAGGAGGUGCAGCAUGGGACCAAACAGGAAUCCGCCUUUUACAUAUUCAGACGGCAGCCAGCAUGAAGCCUACAGUGGAUACUAUGGCAAACCUGCGAAACACCAAGGUGGAAAUGGACGUAAUCCGCCGUACUGAGCACUGCAUUCUCUUAAACAAGUCUUGUUUUUAAACAAAUGUAAUAUUAAAAUGUAUUUAUAAUUAAACAUGUAAUAUCAUAUUUUUCAAUAAA